AUGAAUACACAACCAAUACUCAAGGCUUUUUACAAUGACACUGCGAUCGAGAACUGGGUGUGCAUUAAUAUAGUAGAAUAUUAUCAUGCGAAAUCGGGACAAAAAAAUCUGAUUAAGAUAAUGGAUCAUAUAAAAAAGGACCUUCAGAAAGUAGCAGAUGAUGAUUCUGAAUUUGAGAUGAUGUGCAAAAGAAAAGCUCAGGAAAUCCUUAACGAUUGGAAGUACAAGCUGAGACUCUUGGUCUUCAGUGAUGAAUUCUUGGUUCGACGCUUAGUACAAACUGGGACUCUUGUCUACACAGAAGAAAAACCUAAAGCGUUCCAAUGGCGUGAAUAUUGGGAGUUUGCAAGUAAAAAAGAUCAAGCAGAUGAUCACAAAGAGUUACAGAAAACUCCCGAGCAUAAAAUAUAUUCAGAUUUAUUCGUUCCCCCAACCACAAAAAGUGAAAGUGACGAUAAAGAAACUGAUAGUGAUGACUUUAGCCUGGAUAAGCGAAACCCUAAGAAUUUUACGUUCGAUGAAUUUGUAGAUAGGAAUGAUGAAUAUGUGGAUGAUGAUCAAGAGAGUCUUUUUCUAGAUGAGUUUUUUUUUGAUGAUUCGGUUGCGCUUGAUGAAAAUGAUGAUGGCAAUCCCGUGA